AGUAACAUGGAGUAACAUAAAUAGAAUAGAAAAAGGAGAAGUUAAAAAAAGCAUCCUCCAUAGAUAUCAGACGGUUCGAUCCGGUAGACUAGUAUCCCGCAACUUCAAUUCUCCAUCCCGCAAUCUCUUUCUCCAUCAGCAUUACGGGUAAGCAAGCGAGAAAUUCUCUGUCCUUGAUAGCUUGUCUUCUUUGGGAGUUGGAAUCAGUGUAAGUUUGGUGGAUUUUUGAUGGCUUUGAAGUUUCUGAAUAAGAAGGGAUGGCACACGGGGAGUCUUCGGAACAUUGAAAAUGUAUGGAAAGCAGAGCAGAAGCAUGAGGCUGAACAGAAGAAGUUGGAGGAGCUCCGUAAGCAGAUUGGGGAGGAGCGUGAGCGCAGUGAGUUUCGCCAACUCCAGGAACAAGCUGGCUUGGUUCCCAGGCAAGAGAGGCUGGAAUUUCUUUAUGAUUCCGGAUUAGCUGUUGGCAAGGGAAGUUCUAGUGGAUUUGAAUCUUUGUCCAAGCCGACGGAACCUGUAAUACCUGCUGUAACAACUGCUGACUCCAGUUCGUCUGCCAAACCGCAAGCAUCUACACCAGGAGCUCUGUUUGAGGACAAGCCACAAUCUUCCAAUGAUGCUUGGAGGAAGCUCCAUUCUGAUCCCUUGCUUAUGAUUCGUCAGCGAGAGCAAGAAGCCCUUGCACGUGUGAAGAACAACCCUGUCCAGAUGGCCAUGAUUCGCAAAUCCGUUGAAACGAUGAAGAAUAAGGAUAAGGUGCAUGACGAGAAAGAGAAGGAUGAACGCAGACAUAAGCAUCGAGACAAGAAAUCAAAGCAUCACCACUCGAAGUCUAAGCAUUUGAGGAAUUCUUCACCUAGACAAACCUCUGAUCCAGAUGAAGACUCGAGUGAAGAUGAUUCCAGGAGAAAGAAAGAGUCUCGCAAGGACAAAAAGUUUAAUGAGCGGGAAUUGUCUCUCUUACGAGAUCCUGAAGGAGACAAUAAUAUUGACAGAGAAAAAACUAAGAGUAGUCAUGGUAAUCCUGAAGCUGCGAAAUAUGAGAGGCAGACAAGAUCUGAUCAACCAAGGCAUGAAUCGCGUGAUAAGUCUCGUGGGCAGACAAGAUCGGAUUUACCAAGACACGAAUCGCGUGAUCACUCUCGUGGGCAGACAAGAUCGGAUUUACCAAGGCACGAAUCGCGUGAUAACUCUCGUGAGCAGACAAGAUCUUAUCCACCAAGACCCGAAUCACAUCGUAACUCUCGUAAGCCUGUUAGGCUUUCUGAAGAAGAGAGAGCUGCCCGUCUAAGGGAGAUGCAGAGAGAUGCUGAGGUGCAUGAGGAGCAAAGAUGGAAAAGACUUAAGAAGGCAGAGGAAAAAGACGCUAAGGAAGCUGUACAUGCUGGCUCUUCUGGUGGUAGGAAUUUUCUGGACGCUGCUCAAAGAAGUGUUUAUGGUGCUGGGAAGGGCGGAAGCUCCACAAUUGAGGAAAGUGUUCGUCGCCGAACACAUUAUUCGCAGAGAGCAGCAGCUUCAGAAGGCAAUGCUUUUCGGCGAUAAAAUGGUGGGACAAAAUAAAUGAAGUUCCUGCAGAGUUUUUCCAUAAUGAAUCUCUGCAUGUAAACCAAAUGUAUUUCUUUUUGUCAUGCUUUUUAUCUGUUAUCAUACUGAACGAUAAUUCUGGGAUGAGGGUCAGUUUGAAUAUGCUAGUUCUCAUCUUAUCACAAAUAUACUUGGUGUAACAGAGAUCGUGAAAUUGUUCUGUGCAAAAAUUUGUUUUUAAGGUGGCUGGCUAAUUACUUGA